UUUUACUUCCAUAGACUUCAGUGGAGUUUUCUGCUUCAGGAGCAGCCAGCUUUACCUCCCGAGAUGUAGCCCGCUCAGCUCAGCUGUAAUUCCCAGAAAGAGUUGUAUUUAACUGGAUAAUUUCGGUUCGGAAGCUUCAGCUCGUCUGGCUGAGCUGGUUUGGUGUCCGGGCGGCUAUCCGGUGACCACCGGAGCGGAGAGUCCACCAUGCUCCGGCCGUGGGCAGCUCAGUGGGUCACGGCCGUGCUCCUAUGUCGGGCGGUGGCUCAGUACUCCAGCGACCAGUGCAGCUGGCGAGGAAGUGGUUUGAGCCACGAGUUUCACCGCAGAGACGUGGAGCAGGUCUACCUUCGCUGCUCUCAGGGGUCUCUAGAGUGGCUCUACCCCACCGGAGCCAUCAUCAUCAACCUCCGAGCCAACACAGAUCCUUCAUCGGGACACACAGCAGGUGUUCACGUGUGCAUCAAGCCCCAGCCUUACUCCCAGGGUUCUCAUGUGUACCUGGAGCACAAAGGGGACCUGAGGCUGCUUCUGGCAGAAGAAGACCAUGUUCUGGGCGAGGUGAUCUGUUUCAGCCUGGCAGAGGGGGCUCUGUUUGUAGAGGCCAUCCCACAGAUGGACAUCAGCAGGAGGAUCACAUCUUUCCAAUAUGAGCUGGUGCCCAGUCAUGGACCAGGAGCACACAUGUACCCGUACCUACACCCUCAUUCAGUUGCAUGUAAACCCUGCUCGGAUGAAGAAGUCCUCAUGGCUGUGUGCUCCAGUGACUUUGCUGGCCGUGGCGUCUUUCGAGGCGUUGCAUCAGCUACGAACGACCGCUCCCUGGUCGCCGUGACUCUGAGUCGACUGUUUCGCCAGAAGAGCAGCGUGUUUUCCUGGGGCGGAGUCAGAGGACGCGGCUGGAGCGGACGGGUCAGUGUUCCUGCUCAGUGUGGUGUCCGUCCAGGGGAGGACGAAUACCUUCUGACCGGUUCUGUCCACUUUGGCUCGGCGUGGCUCGGCUGUGCACCUCGAUACAAGGACUUCUUGAAACUUUACACCAGAGAACAGGAAGCAGGAACCAAUCCCUGUCAAAUAGACACAAACUGAGAGGUUUCCUUCAGACUCGGACUUGUGCAGCACCAAAGACUGAAUGUGCUGCCUCCUUUGUACAGUGCAUGUGUAAAUAUGUGAUAAGUGCGCAGCACAGAAAAAGAUUUUUGUAAAUUAGUGACCUGAAAGUAUUUUUAUUAUAAAAAUGACUCGGCUCAUUUUUUAAACAAAUUUGCUUUGUAAAAAGCUUUUUUUGUAACAUGUAGAGUCUUCUGACAGAAGUGAGUAGUCUGCAGCUCUGUGAGUUUCAAUCUACUGGGUAUGAGUUUACAGAAAAAUAAAAACGGCAUUUUUGUUGACUGAA